CUACGCGCGCUCUCGCUCUCGCACUCUCGCGAAUAUGUAGAACGAAAACAAAAGUGUCAAACAAUUGUCAAAUACACAUGCAUGUAGAUCAGCCGUUCUGACCGGGGCCGCGAUAACGUAACUCAACCCGUAAUAAGAUGGCCGAGAACGAAUUUGUAUCCGACAGUGACGAGUGUCUCGUUACGGAGGCUAUCAAUUUAGAUAUCGAGGAGUUAGAUAACACGGAAUAUGCCAUCCCAAUCGUGGAAGAAUUACCCACCUUAGAGAGCAUCCUGAUGGAGCCCGAUUACGAGUCACUGUCAGAGACGGAGGACGAUGUCGGUGUGCCAUUGGUAGAGAAACUCGGCAGCAGCGAGACAACCAGCAUCGGCAGUCACCUGUCGCUGAAUUCGUUAAAUAAAUCCUCCAAGACCGCUCAGAGACCGUCCUCGGGUGUUAUCUUAAGGCAUGUCAUACUCAAAGGAAUAACAUCACAAAUUGUAUCGGCCAAUGAGAGAGUCAACGCUGGUUUGGCCAGCGCGGUCGCAGCCGGUGGGAACAUGCUGGUAAUUGGUACCAGCCACGGUUUGAUACUGGGCUUUGAUUCUUCGCAAACAUUGCGAUGGUGCGAUCAGGAGGCGAGACACCAAGGUUCCGUUUCCGCUCUUUGCUUCAACCACGACGGUAGUAGAGUACUAGCUGGUUUCGUCAGGGGACACAUCUUGAUGUUAGAUAGCAGUAAUGGAAAAGUUUUAAGAAUCCUCACCGAUGUACACCCGCUCGACACUGCUGUGUUACACGUUAAGUUUACAGAUUCGCCAAAAAUAGCUUUGUGCAGCGACAGCGGUGGCUCGGUGUUCGAACUGAAUUUCACUAGAGUGAUGGGCGUGCGAGGUUGCGACAGUAGAUGUUUGUUUAGCGGCUCCAAGGGAGAGGUGUGCACUCUGGAGCCUCUGCUGUUGAAUCAUUUGCCGUCGCAUCCACUGAAAAAUUAUACAUUAGUAGCAAUGGCGACGUUAUCGAAGGUAAUUGUAGUCUGCAUAAGACCGCGAAUGCGCGUUGUAUUAAGUCAUCCGUUGACCGGUGCCGCGAUAGCACCACCGCAACUGUCCUGGCAACUAGUUGUCAUACAAACGGCUGACGGCUCUCGCGUGAUCGAUCCGGUAUUGGCGCUUGCGAGGGACAACGUGGUGUAUUUUUAUCAAGUAUAUACUGAAAUUGGUACGCGGGUAAAACUGUCGCCCCUUCGAAGAAUUACGCUACCGUAUAUGAUAAGCAAUUUGAGGUGGUUAAAUCCGAGAUCUCUCGUGAUACUGGAUGCUCAAGAGAAAUUGCAUUUGUUAGACGUAAGAGCGCAGGAUAAUUUGGAGACGUUAGACAUGAGUCGCGUUGGUAUUUCUUACGCUUCUAGUCAUUUUAAGGGAUUAUCUACCGGCGGAAAUGUUUCCAAGGCGAUGGCGCUAGCCGGUGAGCGGGCGUGCUACAACACCGUUGUAGUCUUCGGUACGCAGCUGUUGUUAUUAGGUAUAAAGAGUUUACAUGUGAUAUGUAUGAGAACAUGGACUGAAAGGUUGCAACAUCUAAUCAUGCAGAAACGUUUCCCCGAGGCGUUAGCAUUGGGCCUUUCCUUUUAUCAAGACAAAGGCAAGGCAGUUAUCGGCCUGCGAGGUUCUAAGCAACGUCGCAAGCAAAUAGCGCGUGAUAAAGUUUGCGAGGUAUUGGUGCAGUAUAUGGACGAAUUAAAUCAGUGUUUGGUGGACGAAAAUAUAGACUACGAUACGAUAGUACUCACCUGCGUCGAUUACUGCAUACAAUUGGAAAAUAUAGAUCUGCUAUACGGAAAGUUGUGGGACAUAGUCUUCGAGUCGGAAGGACUGAAAACUAGUUACUUGCACGCCCUCGAAGCUCCUCUGCUAGAUGGUAGUCUUCAACCAAGAUUGCCGCCGCUGAUUGCCCAGCAAUUAGUUUCUCUUUAUGAUCAAGAAGACAAAGUAGAUUCGCUGGAAGCGAUCGUGGUUCUGCUCAAUGUGGAUUGCUUAGAUAUUCACCAAGUAACGACAAUCUGUCGUCAGCGCGGACUUUGGGAAGCGCUGAUUUAUCUCCAGACAACAGCGUUGGGCGAUUUCACAGCGCCCAUUCAUCAAUUGGUACCGGUACUACAGAAUUUAUUACAGGACUCAAAAGCCGCGCUUUCUCGAGACUGUAUAAAACUCGGCAACGCCAUUCUAGUUUAUACCAGCUGCUGUCUCGCUGGUCGCGGAUUUCCCAAGGACGAGCUUCCCGAGGGCAUGCCGCAGAAAGCGAAAGCGGACAUAUUGAGAGGCUUGUUAUCUCAGCAUUCGAGUUUGGCGACUGAUAUGGAGAGGCAGUAUCCGUACCUGAGAACGUUACUGAAAUUCGAUGCGAAGGGCUUCCUCGACGUUAUAGCCAUCGCUUUUCAGGAGCCAGAAUUUACCUCCGAAAUGGGCCUCCGGCACAGACAGAGGCUCAUAGACAUCUUGUUGAGCAUUGUUAUGCCGAGUACGCCGCUUACUCCGAAAAAUAACGAUUACAUCACGAUGGAGCAACAGUUUAUGGUUCUCACAUUUGUCGCGAAUGAAGUAUCCGAAAGCACGGUUACUCUGGAGUCUAGUACGUUGAAUAGAAUGAUAGAUAUAUUGUGCAUCGACUCGCACGUAGAAUUGCCGAAGGACUUUAAGACUGAGAGAGAAAGCGCUGUGUUGGGAUUGCUGCAUUCUAAAAAGUUGUGCAAUAUUUCAGAUAACACUUUAUUAAAUUUAGCGAAUAGAGCAAGUUUCAUAAGAGUCGCGGAAUUACUGUACAGUGCGCGAGAAGAUUGGGUGGCGGUAUGUAAAUGCAUGAUCUUAGAGCCAUCGAGACAUCACGACAUAUGGCCCUGGUUCGAGCAUCUGUCGACCGCCUGGUUAGAUAAAGUUAUAUCGGUUCACACCACAACUCUCGUUACGAUCAACGCUCUUCAGUUUGCCACGAUUAUCGCGACUCGAUUGCAAAACAAGAUCGAUGCAAUACUGCAGGAUUUUAUCGAUAAUGUGAACUUGGAAUACAAGCUGCUAGAAGCAUUAUAUCAGGUCGCGCAAUACAAGGAGGAGGACGUUUCUCUAGAAUUAACGACUGAACACUUGGAGAGAUAUCUAGCGCUAAUGUGCGAGUUGGAGCCGGCGAGCGUAGUUCGUCAUUUGCACGGGCCGCACGGAUGUAGAUUGGACGAAGCGUUAAAAAUCGUCCGGAAAUGGAAAUGUAAGGAUGCAGAGGCGGUAAUGUUGGAGAAGCUUGGUAAUUAUCAGGACGCGUUCGAUCUUCUGCUGAAAGAGUUUGAGGAUCGGCUGGAGAUGUACCGGCAAGAUAAGGCUCCGGAAAGUGAGACGGUACACGCCGCCAUUCAGCUCGCGGGGAUAUGUCGGAGAUCGGCGGGAAAUCUCGACUGGAUGCCCCUCGUGGAAGUUAUGUUUCGAUCGCAUUCGGAGAACAAUAGGCCGAAGGCAGACGUAUUGAACGGCAAAUUGUUGAGAUUAAUUCUAGAAUCUUUGAGUGGUACGUCGAUACUAUCGAACAUACUGGAGCAAAUUCUGAGAAAUCCAUCGGCAACGAGCGGAACGAUGGGUGACAUACGGCAACUGCUGUCCGGAGUUCUCACUCAGUCGCGUUACGAGCAAACCCUAGUCGAAACUACCGCACGAUUAGUGAGCUUAGAACUUCACAAGGCUCUGGAAAAAUCCUUGAGGGACGCCGGUAGAGCAUGCGGCAACGUUUCCGUAACUUGCCCCGUGUGCAGACAGCCGUUGUCGCAAUGUUCUGAUCACGUAGUGGUGUUCGGCUGCGGUCAUGGGUAUCAUUCUACGUGUCUCGGCGAGUCCAAGUCCUGUUACAAAUGCUUGAACACGAAAGGAUGGGCGCCCGUCGCUACCAACGUCACGCACACCGUUCCGCAGCCUCCGCCGAGAAAGAAACAGAUUCUUCCGCCAGAAUUCCUACGUCACAAAGACCUUGCGCUAAGAUUGGCACCGUCCUGCUCUAUCCCCGACCUCGAGGGCAUCUUUUAAAUCUAGUCUCCGACUAUCGAGAACGACGAUCGCGAGCGGAGCGACGAUAACGGUACUCCAGAUUGCGUAUGACUGUCCACUUGAAUCUUGGAACAUUUUUCACAGACCUGUAUAAUUGAUACGUCAAUCCUGUAAAUACUUAUACAAGAAAUGCAUAAAUAUGUAAAAUACAAGUGUCUUACCUGCUUUUUAA